AUGUUCGGGAAUGUCGGCAUGGACAUGCAGCCAACAGUCACCCCAGCCGUAACAGCCUCGUACGUGGAUCAUAUGGAUUCUACAACACAAUAUGUAAAUGAUCAACAGAGGGGCUACCGACCCUUGGCUAUUGCGGUGGCCGAAACAUCUUAUCCUGCGGUGUUGGUGGCCGGACUGGCCGUUGGACUGGGAAUUUUAUACCUCAUCGGUAUAAUUAUCUACAAUGUCUACUUCCACCCUCUGGCGCGAUUCCCCGGUCCCAAGUCCUUCGCAGCGACACGGAUCCCAUACAUACGAACCAUCUUAAAGGGUCGUAUACCCCAAACCAUCAGGGAUCUACACGUAAAAUACGGCAAAGUGAUUCGCAUUGCCCCGGACGAACUGUCAUUCGUCGAUGGCGACGCCUGGAAACCCAUAUAUGGAACUCGUCCCGGCCAUGGCCAAAAGCCAAAGGAUGUCCGGGUAUUCCCACCCACCGCAAAUAAUGUCCCCAGCAUCAUCCAAUCCAACGAUGCGGAUCAUUCUCGAUUCAGGCGUCUACUAUCGCAUGCAUUCUCCGAGAGCUCGCUCCGAGGCCAAGAGCCAAUCGUCAGAGGCUACAUCGAUCUUUUGAUUCAGCGUCUGCAUGAGAAUGCCAAUGAUGAGAACAAGCCCGUCGACAUGGUGUCGUGGUACAACUACACCACGUUCGACGUUAUCGGGGACCUAGCAUUUGGGGAGCCAUUUGGUUGUCUCGAAGAGUCCAGAUACCAUCCAUGGGUGAAGUUUAUCUUGGGGAACAUCAAAUUCGGUGCCUAUUCUAACCUCAUGCGGCGGAUUCCAAUACUCAAGCCGCUUAUUACACUGUUCAUCCCCAAAUCUAUCCUUCGGCAGAGAUACCAGCAUCUCGAAUUAACCAAACAAAAGGUUCUGGGCCGGUUAAAAAGCUCCAAUGAGAGGCCCGAUUUCUUCAGCCACAUCCUGAAACAUCAAGACACUGAGAAGGGCAUGAGUUUUGGAGAAUUAAUGACAAACGCAAGCACUCUAAUUAUUGCGGGAUCCGAAACAACCGCGACACUGCUUUCGGGUGUUACUUAUUACUUGCUAAAGACCCCUAAUGCAUACGCCAAGUUGAAAGAGGAAGUGCGAACCGCGUUCAAAUCCGAUGACGAGAUAACUCUGCAGGCUUGCAAUCAACUGACGUAUAUACAUGCCGUGAUUAAUGAAGGACUGAGAAUGUAUCCUCCUGUCGCUGUUGGGUUGCCCCGAAUUGUAGAUCCGCAGGGGGAUACUAUCGCGGGGGAAUGGGUUCCUGGGGGCACAAUUACUUCUGUAUAUCAACUCGCGGCAUACCAUUCAUUGUCAAAUUUCACCGAGCCUGAUAGCUUCAUUCCAGAGCGUUUUUUGGGUGACCCUCGGUUCGAAAACGACAGUAAGACUGUACUUCAACCAUUUAGCUUCGGGCCUCGGAACUGUAUUGGGCGCAAUCUGGCAUACGUUGAGAUGCGUUCUAUUUUGGCGCGGGUCGUGUUUAACUUUGACAUGGAACUGCAUGAUCCCAAUUUUGUGUGGACAGAUCAAGACUGCUUUAUUCUUUGGGAUAAACCGGCUUUGAAGGUGAAGUUGACUUCGAGGGUCUAA